AUGGAUGAAGACAUGUUUCUUGUGAGGCGUUUGACGCUUUCUUUCGUCAUUUCAAUUUCCCCUAAAGGUGUUUCCAAAAACGCACAUCACAUGACGCGCGCUGCUCUUGCUCUCGGGGUUCUCCAACCGUCGCUGUCGUCGAGACAAAGCGGGAGACGACGACGACACGACAUCGUUCGGUGUACUGCGACUCGCGGAGGAGGAGGAGACAAAAACGGGCGAACAGUAACACCACCAUCACCGACGAGAAUUUUGUUCCGACGAAGGUCUUCUUUCCCGACGAUGAUUUCCCCGAGGAGUUUUGAAGGAACAUCGUCGGGUGGUAACGGUGAGUACGUCAACGACGACGAGACGAAUGCAAACAACGAAGGCACUGGCAUGUUGUGGUGUAUAAAAAAAUGCAUCGGUUGGGUAGAGAAACAAGUGCAAAACGCGAAAAACGCGGCGCCACUUUUGAAAUGGCCCGAUGCGGUGCUUUUGAGCAAGCAAACCGGGCGAGACGUGUGCGGGAACGCGAUGGUCAUUUUAGUCGGUUUGUGUGUGUUUACGGCGAUGUUGGGGUGCAUCGAUUGGUGCAUCGUGGCGUUUCGAUCGUGGUUGUUAUUGCCGUGA